AUGGCAAAUCUCCUCCCAAUGCUGGAACUCAAACUAAAUGAAACUUUCUCACCAGUCCUGUUGCAACCCUUUUCGCUCAGAUAUUUACUUCCUCUUGCCAUAUUCCUCAUUCUGUUUUACAGAUGGUCUUCUUCUCAUACCAAAUCACCAUCUGCACCACCAUCUCCACCAAAGCUGCCCGUGAUUGGAAAUCUCCACCAAAUAGGGUUGCUCGCACACCGCUCUCUUCAAGCCCUAGCACAACGCUAUGGCCCUGAUCUAAUGCUCCUUCAUUUCGGAAGCAGACCGGUCGUAAUUGUCACGUCCACCAACGCUGUCUCUCAGAUCUUCAAAACCCACGACCUCGCCUUCUCUGACAGACCCAAGCUUAUCCUCUUCGAGAAGCUUGCGUACAAUUACAGGGACAUCGUGGGGGCGCCUUACGGUAGGAAGUAUAGUGAUCGGGCGGAAGGUCGUGGGAGGAUGUUUAUGGAGCUUUCUACAGAGCUGUCACAGAUGUUCACAAGGGUCAACAUUGGUGACUAUAUCCCAUGGCUUGCUUGGUUCACCCGUGUGAAUGGUUUGGAUGCAAAACUAGACGAUCUGGCUAAGAGGGUGGAUGGCUUCAUGGAUAUGGUUAUUCAAGAGCAUAUGGAUAAAUCAAACAAUGGAAAUGAUGAUGAUGAUGAUCACGAGGACGAAAAAGAUUUUGUGGAUGUUUUGCUUUCGAUUCAGAAAGAAAAUGCACUUGGUUAUCGCAUCGAUCGAAUUAGCAUCAAGGCUAUCAUCCUGGAUAUGUUUGUGGGUGGCACCGACACCAUAUCUACCACUCUAGAGUGGGCAAUGUCUGAACUUUUGAGAAAUCCAGAGACGAUGAAGAAGUUACAAAAUGAAGUUAGAGGCAUAGUUGGAAAUAAAAAGAAUGUAACUGAGGAAGAUUUGGUUGGAAUGCACUACUUGAAGGCGGUAACCAAAGAGACUUUUCGCUUACAUCCUCCAGGUCCGUUACUAUUGCCCAGGAUGUGCAACAAAGAUGUGAAAAUUAAAGGUUACACCAUUAAGGCUAAUACACAAGUUAUGAUUAAUGCAUGGGCACUUGGAAGAGAUCCUGCAUCAUAUACAAAUCCAGAGCAGUUCAAACCAGAAAGGUUCUUGAGUAGUACCAUAGAUUAUAAAGGAAGUAACUUUGAACUAAUUCCAUUUGGGGCUGGAAGAAGGGGUUGCCCCGGAAUUCAGUUUGCUAUGGUUCUUGAAGAGCUUGCGUUGGCAAACAUUGUGCAUAAGUUUGAUUGGGCUUUGCCUCAUCGUGCAAAUAAAGUUGAUUUUGACAUGACUGAAGCUUCAGGCUCAAUUACCCGCAGAAAAUAUCCUCUCAAGGCAAUUGCUACUCUAUUUGAGGGAAAUUACGAGAAGACGAGGGAUUCUUCUUCUUAGGAAAAGUUGUCAGACUAAUUCCGACUUUGCUAUGACCCUAUCUGCAUUCAUCUUUUCAAUGUAAUUUCAUGGUUUGCGCCCCAUUUUCCUCCGAAGAUGGAAAACCAAAAAAAAAAAACUUACAUAAUUUCACACACGCACACACACACUCUCUGUCUCUCAAUUUGGAUAUUUUUAUAUA